AUGGUUUUCACCGUCCCAGCAUCGACUAUAGAAGUCGAAAUACCAAAAGUCAUCACCACGAGAGAGGUAUACACACCCCCGAAAACGAGUAGAAGCAAUGGAAAGAUUGUCCCUAUCCAACAUCCCGCUGGAAGCAAGGUAGACUUUGGUGCUGAGGUUUGCGGUAUCGAUUUGAAUAAUUUUACUAGUGCAGAUUUUGAGUUGAUUUCCGAUGCCCUUCACAAGCAUAAACUACUUGUUUUCAAGGAGCAGCAGGAUAUGUUGAUGCCAAAGCAGCAGUAUCGACUGACUGCGUGCUUCGAUCCCGAUGAAAAUACAGGCGGCUUUGCCCAUGGUGCUGAUCCAGUCCUCCUCUACAAAAACGGCGUGACCAUCUAUGGUCUCCCCAAUCGACCAGCUAUCAACGCACAACCUCAAGUACACAUUCUCGGCCGCGGUGAGGUUCCAACAAACCACUUUGAUUUCCCUCCUGGGUUCAAAGUGAAAGGUAUCGAUCACGUUGACUUCCACAUCCCGCCCCAUAUUCCUCAAGAAGAGCGUGAUCUGGGCGCCAGCCGGUUUUAUCAAUGGCAUUGGGAUGGUUCACUGUACAACAUCCCCCCACCGAGAGUGGGUUGUUUACUUGCUGUACGAACACCCAAAGGUCCUGAUGUUACCGUACACUGGGGUGAUGGAACCGGUCAGACUAUGAAAAUUGCACCAGGAGCUAGGGCUAUGGUUUCUGGAUCGCGUGCAUUAGAGCUGUUAGAUCCAGAUAUGCGUCAGAUCGUGAUGCAUAGUCGUAUAGAAUAUGCUCCACAUGCCUUUCAAUGGAUGUCUACAGCUCGAAGUGUUCAACUAGGGCAUAUUCUCGAAACAGAAGGAUGUGAGAUGCCCCUGGAUAAGCUGUCACCGUGGACAAAAGAUAAUGUUUGUAUUUAUCCCAUGGUCUGGACGAAUCCAGUGACGGGCGAGAAAUCGUUGCAAGUUCACGGGCAGGGCGCGUUCAAGUUGUAUCUCAAAGACGGACCGGACGGCGAAGAGAAGGUCUUGAGUGAUCUGAAGGAGGUUAGAGCAUUUAUGCAUCGAAUUAUGAGUCCUGUUCUUUCCCCGGAAAACAUCUAUCCACACCCACAUAAGGAGCAAGAUGUCAUUCUUUGGUAUAAUAGGGCACUGUGGCAUAGCAUUACUGAGUUUCCGGAGUCUUAUGGUCCUCGAAUUAUGCACCAGUGCAAUAUUGCCGCUUUUGAUCAUCCUUCCGGAUAG